AUGUUGCAGUUACUCCCAUUGGUGCUACUCUCCAGCUAUUUGGGCGUCCUGGGCACCACCUACGUAACAGGCGAUGUGAACAUGGAGCCAACAACUCUUGCUGAACAAUUGGAAAUGGUCGAUUUGCUGGAUUUGGGCGACAGACCCAGGCGCAUGGCACAGCCCAAGCAGCUGCACACGUCGGCCACAAAGUUCCUGCUUGAGGUGUACAAUGAGAUCAACGAGGAGCAGGAGCCGCAGGAAGUGCUGCAGCAGCGACACAAGCGUUCGCUAGAGGACGAUAUACUAGUGACCCGUGAGGAUCGCCAGGAGAUAGCUAGCUGCAACAGCAUUUUGACCUUCUCCAGUCGCCUCAAGUCACUGGAGCAGGGUGAGAAGGAGGAGGGGGAGAUAAACUCUCGGCAGGAUUUGCACAUCACGUUUAAUACGAAUGACGUGCCCGUGGAUCUGACGCUGGUGCAGGCCAUGCUGCGCAUCUAUAAGCAGCCCAGCUGGCAGGAGCAGCGCCAGAAUUUCACAGUUUCCGUAUAUAGAAGGAUCCACAGUCAUCAGGCUUUUAUGGAGGAUGGUGCUCCUGUUUAUCGCAUCCUGCACUCAGUGAACACCACAACCCACUACAAGGGCUGGCUAGAGUUCAAUCUGACGCAGACGCUGCGCGCCUGGCUGCUCAACAAGAGCCCACAGCGCCACGAGUUGCGCAUCUCGUUGGGCGAGGCGCGGGUAAGUGCCUUGGGGGCCGGUCUAGUGGCGCCCCAGGCAGCGGAUUCCAAUCUGGAGCCCUUCAUUGUGGGCUAUUUCAAUGGGCCCGAGCUGCUGGUUAAGGUACAAAAGCUGCGUUUCAAGCGCGACCUUAACAAGCGCAGGGCCAUGUUGCCGCCAACUGGUCACGUCCGGCCCCCGCCGGAGGUAUUCAAGGCGCCGCAGUCCUGCGAGCGUCUCAACUUUACAGUGGACUUUAAGGAGCUGCAAAUGCACAAUUGGGUCAUAGCGCCCAAGAAGUUUGAGGCGUACUUUUGCGGCGGCGGCUGCAAUUUUCCGCUCGGCACCAAAAUGAAUGCCACGAAUCAUGCGAUUGUUCAGACCCUGAUGCAUCUGAAGCAGCCGCAUCUGCCCAAGCCCUGCUGUGUGCCCACUGUUCUGGGCGCCAUAACCAUAUUGCGAUACAUAAACGAGGAUAUCAUAGACUUAACCAAAUACCAAAAGACGGUGGCCAAGGAGUGUGGAUGCCAUUAGAUGGGAGUGAAUCGUGGGUAAUCCAUCUAAGCCUGGCUAACGAAAAUGAUGCUUACUUCUAGGGUUAAACCAAUCAAAGCCGAUUUUAAAUGGGUUUAGUUUUUAAGAUUAGCAAUGAAUAAGACAAUACUAGUAAAGACGAAGUUUGAACCGGUUCAAAAAUGUUUAUAUAUUAUAAUUUAUAAGACGAAACUAAAAGCCAAAAAUAACUAUUGUGAAGCCCGAUUUAAAAUGGGUUUUAGAUAAAAGUAUUCUCCAACUUAAACAACAACAGUUCCAAAGACUUUAAAUCUAUUAAAGAACUUCCUAUAUAAAA